AAAUGGAUAAUUGAAAUCUAUUUCUUGUACCCAACAUCUCUCUAUUGAUCUAUUCCUUGUUAUCUACUUCUAAUUAAUUCGGUGAAUUAUUAUUUCACUAAUUCACCAGGUUAAUUAAAUAGGAAAUCGAAACUACCUGUUCUACAGACUACGUUUUAAGUCAAGCUACCUUCAUUUUUCUACUUUCUCCUUAAUUUCCCACUGUCAUUUUUCGUUCUCCUUUUAUUUUAUAUAUACAUCUUGACUAUUGUUUCAGGGAUCAUUAAUGAUUAUUCUGGGAUUUGAUUUUUAUUCCGCGAAAGUAGUUUUGUUUUCUGGAGAGUGACACUGAGCUUUUGAGCUGGAUGGAGAAUAAUUUGAACAAGAAUUCCGAAGACGCCUUACUAAGAUGGAGGAAGAUAAAUGGUCUUAUAAAGAAUCGUAACAAACGGAUUGGUUUCACUGCUGACCUCACCAACACUCUUCCGGAUAUGCGUCUCAAUCAGUUGUUCAAUAUUAAUCAUUCUAGAUUAUACUCCAAUGAAGCAGCCAAAUGGCCUCAAACUACCCUUCCAUGUCAUAAAAGAUUGUACCCAAGACUUCAACAACAAAAAUUUCAUUGGGAAGGGUGGUUAUGGAAGGGUCUACAAGGGAAUCCUCACCUGGGGAGAUCAUAUAAACCAACUAGUUGCUGUAAAGCGGCUAGAUGUCAACGGAUUUCAAGGCAACAAGGAGUUUCGAACAGAGGUUGCAAUGCUUUCCGAGUAUCAACACGAAAACAUUAUAAGACUUAUAGGCUUUUGUGAUGAUAACAAGGAGAUGAUCCUUGUCUAUGAAUAUGCAAGCCAUGGAAGCCUUGAAAAAUAUAUAUGUGACACUACCAUGUCAAGUAGACUAUCAUGGACACAACUCCUCAAAAUAUGUAUAGGAGUUGCUUCUGCAUUGGACUAUCUUCAUAAUCAUGUGGCCGAAAAACACAGAAUUAUACAUCGCGAUGUGAAAAGCGCGAAUGUUUUGUUGGAUGAGAAUUGGAAUGCAAAACUUUCUGAUUUUGGGUUGGCUAAAAUAGGUUUAGCAAAUCAACGCAACACAUUUGUGAUCACUAACCUUGCUGGCACAUAUGGUUACACUGACCCACAAUAUGAAAGAACAGGGUUUUUAACAAAAGAGUCGGAUAUUUAUUCGCUCGGCGUGGUUUUGUUUGAAGUUUUGUGUGGAAGGCUAGCGUGUGUUUUCAGUUACCAUGAUGAGCGGCGAUUCCUACAUCAUUUGGCUCGAACAUGCUAUAAAAAUGGAGAGCUCGAUAUGAUUAUUGAUCACAGAAUAAAGAAAGCUAUCAACCCAAUAACAUUACGCAAGUUUUCAGCUAUAGCAUAUCAAUGCUUACAAGAAACUCGGGAAGAACGACCUACAAUUGCUGAGGUGACAUUCCAACUUAAGGGAGCCUUGAAAAUGCAAAUUUCGCCAGUUUUUUUCAAGAUAGAGAAGAUGAAUCCACCUUUAGUUGAUUCCGAAUUGGAAUCUUUGUCGAGGCUUUAUAUAAACAAGCGAGACAUGGAGAAUAAAAUCUAAAGUAAAACUUAGGUUUUACUGUUUUCUAGAGAAACGGUCAGAACACAACACCACAGGUUGGUCUUCUAUGUUUGGCGGUCUUUGAUUGGAUGGAAACAUAUAUCUAAAGUGUGCAGUGAAGGAUCCUUACAUAAAGAAAAAACAAUGUAAGAUUAGCAAAUAUUUAUUUCUUUCUAUACUUAAUAUAUCUUUACAUGAAAGGCCUGCAAUUUUUUGUUCUAGGAACAUUCCUUAACUACGUAGUCCUCAAAAUAAUAGUGGAUGCUUUCAUACAAGGUAGUUUUCCCAUUAUCUUGGUUUGGGAGAAAAUGUGUGAUAUUAGUCACUAGAAGUUGAGUAUUAGACAUGGAGCCAUCUUUGAAAAAUGAUCGCAUCAUAACAACUAAAAUAGCCAAAAAAAAAAAAAAAAAAAAAAAAAAGUCAAUACAACAGAUAAAAUUACUUCAAGCAUGAGAAUCAACAGAGUGGAUAAAAAGAGAUCAGACAAUUACAGGUGAAUACGAUGAUCUUUAUUCGGUUAUGAAUUAAUGACUAUAAUGUGCAAAUUUUGUUUCUAGAUUUAAUAUUGUUUCUUUUUCUACUGACCUACAAUGUUGUACAAUUGUCCUAGGCAGUAAGGCGGAUGUCCAAUGACUCGUAAAAUGAAAAUUGGUUUUGAACUUAUUAAACUUUUUAUGGUGAUGAAGACUUGAAGUUGUUUAACACUUUAGCAUGUUUUAAAUUGAGCUUGUUAUUCACUUAUGUUGCAUUAGUUAGGUUGAUUCUUCAAAUUUUAAUGCUGUAAUAUAACUAUAUAAGAAAAUAGAAGUACUUAACAUCUUAUAAUAAACAAAUCAAUGAAAGUACA